GAUAUAUAAAGUAUUACAAUUCCCAAUGGCCGCGGCCACCGCCAAAGAAUCCCUCAAGACACCUCGGCGAGACCAACAUUAUGUGCGCUUGUCCAUCUGUCGACAACCCUAACCUAAUCAUCCAUCAAUUCCACUCGCCCGCCGUCCCCACAUAGCCCACGCACAUUACAAUGCCUCAUCAUACUGGCCUCACCGGCUUCACGGAUAAUCCCUUCGCCACGCGGGCUGACUGCAUAGCGGCAACCCACGCGCUGCUCGCCCAGCUGAAGCCUUACACCUCCCCGCUUGGAGCGCGCGUUCGCCUCCAUGCUGCUACAGGGACUCAUUUCGAUGAGGUCGCAGCGCAGGUCGAGGGGUUUGCCAGGCCACUGUGGGCGGUUGGUGCGUUGUUUGCUUCAGAAGCUUCCGAUGCAAAUAGCCCCUCCUCUACCGACCCGCGACUCCGCUCUUGGAUCAACGGCCUUAUUGCUGGGACAGAUCCCGCGAAUGCAUCUGGUGUGGAUGGGGAGUACUGGGGAGAGUUCCACGACACAGAUCAGCGGAUGGUAGAACUCGAAAUCGUCGCAUAUGCGCUGUUAUCCGCGCCGGCCGUAUUCACACCACCGUUACCUUUAGAUCCACUGAACCCCUCUGCAGCAGAUGAGGAGAACUUGCGUGCACGGAGGAACCUGAUCACUUACAUGCGCUCGAUCAAUGGGAAAGCGAUGCCAGUGAACAACUGGCGAUUCUUUCGGAUUCUAACAAACCUAGCGCUCGUGAAGGUGCUACGCGUGCCGCUUGCAGAGGUGAAAGGGGCUAUGGAUGAGGAUCAUGCAGUUUUAGAAGGGUUUUAUAGAUCAGGAGGGUGGGCGAGUGAUGGUAUAUGGAGUGGAGAUGGGGAUAGACAAGCGGAUUAUUAUUCGGGGAGUUUCGCAAUUCAGUUUUCACAGUUGCUGUAUGUUAAAUAUGCGUCUGAUAUUGAUCCAAAGAGGUGUGAGGUUUUCAGAUCGAGGGCAGGGGAGUUUGCUAGUGGGUUUUGGAGGUAUUUUGAUGUGAAUGGUGCUGCUAUACCAUUCGGCCGAAGCCUCACCUACCGCUUUAGCUUCGCAGCCUUUUGGAGCGCCCUUGCCCUUCUGGACAUUUCUCUUCCCGCUCCUCUCUCACCGGGGGUUGUUAAAGGGCUUCUUCUGCGCCAUUUGCGCUGGUGGGCUAAACAGCCUGAUAUUUUCAACAUCGAUGGGACCCUGAAUAUUGGCUACUGUUAUCCGAACAUGUAUAUGAGCGAAGAUUACAAUUCGCCUCAGUCGCCAUACUGGUGCUUUAAAUCCUUCUGCGCCAUCGCAUUGCCUAAAGACCACAACUUCUGGACCUGCGAAGAACUACCCCAUCCAUUGGCAGAAAGUGUCAUGCCAACACUGCUCUCCUUCUCUGAAGAACCCAAGCAACAGCACGUGUCCAUUCUAGCACUCGACGCUCCGAAGCACAUUCUGAUCUCCUCACGCAACCACCACUUCCUCCUCUCAUCUGGCCAAUUUGCCUCGUGGCCCAUGAAGGCCACAGAGGCCAAAUACGGCAAGUUUGCCUACUCCUCCGCCUUUGGCUUCAGUGUUCCUACCGGUCCGCUUCUCGAGCAGCUCGCACCAGACAGCACUCUAGCUAUUAGUGAGGACCACGGCGAUUCCUGGCGAGUUCGCUGGAAGAGCGCCGAGACCAUCAUUGGCGCUGCGAACGUGCAUUUCGCAAACGGUCACUCAACCACCGUAUCGACACUCGUCAAUUGCUGGUCUCCGAGCAAGAUGUCGGGCCUUGCUGUUGAGACGACUCUCAUCCCACCGAGUGACAGGUGGCCGGACUGGCAUAUCAGAAUCCACCGCAUCACACGCGCAGCUGUGCGUGCUGGCAGUGGAGCAGCUCACACGGUCCUCACUGCAGAAGGCGGCUUUGCCAUCGCUGGCCGCCGGAAACGAGACGCUGGCACUUUGCCGAAGCUCUUUCCUGAGGAUUUGCGAGACAUUAGAGACUCCGCAAUGGAGGAGGGAGUACUUGAAGAUGGAGCGGCGGCGCUGAUUGUUUCUUAUGCAGGCGCGAGUGGAAUUGCGCAUCUGCGUCCGUCAUCGUCAGCGAGAGGGACGGUGUUGAAGCCGGACGCGAACACAAAUCUGAUCACGCAGAGGACGCUGAUCCCGACUGUCAGGCACGAGUUGAAGUUUGAUGCUGGGGCUGAGGGAGGUGAAGAAGUGGCAGUGCUUAUAGUGGGAGUUUUUGCAGUUGACACAAAAGGUGUAGAGGAUUUGGGCGAUAUGUGGAGGAGGUGGAAUGAUAAGCCGAUGGUGAUGUUCAAGGGUGAGGGCCGAGAGGUAGCUGAAGAAUGCAUUGUUCUUGAGUAAGAGUCGGAGAGUUUGAAUUUUGAUAUCUUGUAGACGUUAUACGUAGCAGGGUU